UUUGGUUGGACUUUCCUUGGUUCUCCUCGUCUCCUUUCUCGGUCUCGCUCUCGGUUCUCUUGCUCCAUCGAUUCGACGCCGCUUCUCCAAUCGGCCAUGAAAGGAAACAGGGGGCCAAGGUUGCCCUUCUUUCCUCGCUUUGCUCGAGAAAAAAUUGGCCUGGCCGCUGCCCUUUUCUUCUGCGCAUUCUUCUUCCUCGCCGGUCUCCUCGGUUCAUCCAUUCUCAUCGCUUCGCCCGCCUCUCAGUUAGACAACGUGCGCCGUUCGAAGCUGCUAGAGCUCGACGAUGACGGGGCGAAGUGGCCAACCAUGCCCAGCGGGGAAACCGGCGAACUCACUACGUCUGCGAUACCUUUCCAGGUUUUGAGCUGGAGACCUCGUGCAUUAUACUUUCCAAGUUUUGCUACAGAAGAACAAUGCCAGACAAUUAUAAAGAAGGCUAAGUCUAGGCUUAGGCCGUCGACAUUGGCUUUACGGAAGGGGGAGACUGAGGAGAAUACUCAAGGAAUAAGAACAAGUUCUGGCACAUUUUUGAGUGCAUCUGAAGAUUCAAGUGGAGUCUUGCAUCAAAUUGAGGAGAAGAUUGCUAGAGCUACUAUGAUUCCAAGAGAGCAUGGAGAGUCAUUUAACGUUCUUCGGUAUGAGAUAGGACAGAAGUAUGCUUGUCACUAUGAUGCAUUCAACCCUGCUGAAUAUGGGCCACAGAAAAGCCAAAGAGUAGCUUCCUUUUUAUUAUAUUUGUCAGAUGUAGAUGAAGGAGGAGAAACCAUGUUUCCUUAUGAGAAUGGAUUAAAUAUGGACAUUGGCUAUGACUAUGAGAAAUGCAUUGGUUUGAAGGUGAAACCUCGCCGAGGAGAUGGACUCCUGUUCUAUUCUCUUUUUCUAAAUGGCACUAUUGACUCGACAUCACUUCAUGGCAGCUGCCCUGUUAUCAAAGGAGAGAAAUGGGUGGCAACAAAGUGGAUCAGAGAUAAUAUUGACAAGUAGUCCAAAGUUGUUAUUGCAUCAACGUAGUCUCCUUUGCUAUUUUUGUUUUGUUUUUGGUUUUUUUUUUCAGUUACUACCCCUAUUCAUCCGUGUGCAAUGAUCAAAACUACAACUUUGAGCAAGCAAAAAUGUAAUUUUGUCAUCAGUUUGGUGGAAGAAUUAUGGGCCUUCAAUGCAUCUACUCCGUUAAAGCAAACUGUUAUAUGCUGGCAAAGGAAUUCAAACGUUUA